UUAUUCCCUCAGAUAUUCGUACACAUAAUCAGAAUGGAGGCAGCAGAUCUACUUCCGCUGCUCGAGCAGCUGGAUGAUAACAUCGACGAUCUUGAAGAGGCUUUGAAGCCCAUCCUGGACAGCUCUGUGGUGGAGACGUCGAAGAAGCUUCCGGUGAUGGAUAAAGCGAAAUUUCACGUCUUGGUGACUUAUGCGUUGGAGUCUCUUAUCUUCUCGUAUCUGCGUCUUCAUGGCGUUAAUGCUAAGGAACACUCCGUGUUUAGAGAAUUAACUAGAGUCAAGCAAUACUUUGCGAAGAUCACCGCGCUCGAAGCGGAGCCGGAAAAGCGUACUCUAACUCUUGACAAGCAGGCUGCCAGUCGCUUCAUUAAACAUGGUCUUGCGGGAAAUGACAAAAUCGACCUGGCGCGCAAGGAGCAGGAGGCAAAGGAGAGAGCACGCGCACAGCUAAAGGCGUCAAUACUGGCUAAGAAAGCAGGUGCUACGUCUCAGCAGUCAUCGCAGAAUGCGACCAGCAACUCCGAGAGUGAAUCCGAGUCCGAGGAGCUUGUGAAGCCCGCUCCCAAGCCGUCGAGCAAGGGUUCUGAUGAUAAGAAGAAGCGCAAGGACAAGCAGAAGAGGAGGGUCAGCAAGGAAGAGCACAAUGAGAACAAGAAGGAGCGAAGGAAGAAGAAGGAUGAAUUGCGCAAGACGAAGAAAUUGAAAUGAGGAGGUAGCGAUAUUAUGUCGAUUUGCCGGCUGGACCGGUUGAAUGGGCUGUCUGUUACUGGGAUUGCAGCACUUUGGUGACAAGUGAUUUGCGACCAUCCCAGUAGCAGGUACUGUCUACAGGCUUGCUACCGCGCCACUACUAAAAGUACACAUGGAAUGAUGAUACCCACCACAUAGAGGACGGCCUCAAUGAAGACUAUUGAAAGACGACAGGAAUAGUGAGAUCCGGGUGCAUACCGUGGUGCACAGUAGGUUUGGUGUAGGAUUGGAUGAAAUCUUCCAUGGACUACUAUACGAUUUCAUUUAGUCAAAGCAGUGGCAAGUGACUGACAGGAGAGGAUGUUCAUGCUCAGCCCUGUGGAUCAUGGCGAUGCAGUGAGUCACUGCCGGAGUUAAGCAGACAAGUGCGGAUAGCUUCAGAUCCACUGCUCUGUAAGACUCGAACAUGGUCUCCACUAAGUAGCCCAAUAUCUCAUCCACUAGCAAUAGAACCAUUCAGAUGAUAAUAAUAUCCCUCAUUACCUACC